AAGACAAUUCUAAUUGUAUACUGUAGAUUGAGAAAUACAUUAGAAUCUGGCAGGAAAGCAGAGGAGGAUAAAGAACCGUAAUGAUUGGCCUGGUUGGAAUCCAUCCAAAAGCUACUUUGUCUUUUGGUGUCCAAAGAGGCAACUUGACGAGCAGAUCCAUGGGAAGGAUCCGAAAGGCUCUUUCUAGAGGAGUAAAAUAAUCUCCACACGUGGCAUCAUAAAUCUGUCUCAUCCCUAUUUCCUAUUUCCGAGGUCAACCCAAAACCUUUUCUUUUUUAACAGAAAAAAAUACCAAAUGUAAUUUUCGUUUUUCUUUCACAUAAAGCCUCGGGCAAACAAUUAAACUGGAAGUCUGGAACCAUGCGAGGAAGAAGAACCCCUAUAAUAUCCUGCAACAUAAGCUCCUAUAAUGCAAUAAAAUAUAUUGGCUUGUAAUUUUAAGUAUUUACUGCACAUGUUAUCAUUAUUUUAUUUAAUUUGCUUGUUUCUUCUCGUUGGUUAUUAUUAUUACACACUAUCGGUUACUUUUGGGUGGGGUUGCUGUUAUAAAUGCUCUGUAGAUAGCAUACAAAAGACCUUAAAUUCACCACUUUUGUCUUUGCUGUAGCAGGAACUUCAAAAUUAUGCAGCCACGUUAUUAUCCAAUUCUCCACCGGAACCAAUUCUGCAUAGAUAAAGCUCUCUACUUUCAUCCAUUGCAUAGAGCUUCUUCAAGAAAGAUAGGGCAGAGAGAGAGAGAGAGAGGAAAGAUGCAAGCUCUAUGGAUGUCUUUGAAGGAGAAUGUUAACUGCGGAAGUAAGCUAAAUAAUGUGGUUCUCAUGCCAGAUAAAUGCAGUGGGAAGAGGAAGUGGAGCAACAGACCUGAAAAAGAAAACUUGGACAGGGAGCUCAUUCUUGAAAUCAGAAAAUCAUUUGGGGAUGUGAUUAUCAAGGGAUAUCUCUCGAGAAGAAAGUACUCUGAAUUAAAGAUUGGAGACCCGGCAAGAAAUAUCACUGAGAUGAUCUUCCAGAAAGCAUCAACAAACCCAUUGAAGCCAUCAAGAAAUAUCAAAAGGGUUAUGAGGGUAAAGAACUCUAUUGAAAUUCUCGAAAGGUUUGAGAAAUACAGAGAAAAAGUAAAGGAAAGUGCCUGUAAGCAACAAAAAACACAUCCAAGAAGCACUGUAGAUGGAAAUGAGCUUCUGCGAUUCUACGGCACGACAAUGUCUUGCUGCGGUGAAAGGUCCAUGCGAGUUUCCGAGCUGUGUAGGGAUCCCACUUGCAGGGUCUGCAGAAUGGUUCAGUCUAAUUUUGACACAGAAUUCACCAAGAAGAAUGGCAUCCGAUUGAGUACAAACAGUGAGGAAUUGACUGAUCACAUGAUUGUCUUCUCAAAGGGGAAAACUGAAAGGGCUGUGCUAGUCUGCAGGAUAAUUGCUGGCGCAGUAGCUAAUAGGGUUGAUGGAGGAAAAGCAGAGUGUGACUGUAUUGAGAGUGAAGCCCAAUAUUCCAACCCAAAAUCUUUGAUUGUAAGAAAUCCCAGUGCUAUACUUCCCUGCUUUGUCAUAGUUUUCACCUAAGAUUCUGAUAUGUAUUUGUAAAUGUGCUCCUUUUGCAGUUAAAUCAAACUUAGGGCAACUUAACUAGUAAGAGUUUAUGUUUAUCACUAGAGAAUGAAAUUAACAAUAGAGUUUCUUUUUUCUUUUCUC